AUGAAAGCGGUCCCCAAGACCAACGUCAAGUCGACAAAAAAGAAGCCUCUGUCCAAGCACGCUCGUCGGGAUGCGAGUAGCAGCAGCAGUGACAGCGGCAGCAGUGACGACAGCGACGUCAAGGCCCGUCGCCGCCCACGACAUAUUCAACGCCAACCGCCACCAAUUGCCAAACCUACCACAUUGAUGCCGCAACCAACCCACCACGAGAAGACGCUCCGAGCUGUUUUUGACAAGUAUGACGCCGAUGCCGAUGGUGUUCUCUCGUUUUCCGACUUGCGAAAGGCCCUUGCAUCCCGCCAACUGCGUGACGUUGAGAUUCGCCAGUGGCUCCUCGAACACGACACGAGCGGCCACGGCCAUGUCUCGUUCGCUGACUUUGUCAAGCAUUACGCGACACCGACGUCAGGAAAAGCCUCCAAACCUCCAGCGUCGCAAGUCCAACGGCCGUCGAUGCCGACGACCGAGCUGUACCGACCACCGCCAACCGGGUAUGAAAGCGGUAGCUAUCGCUUGGGCGGGACGACCGGCGACGUCGAGCAGCGGCGGCAACUGCGCCGGCUUUUUGAGGCAUACGACUAUGACAGCGACGGCAAGGUCUCGGCCCGGGACCUGCGCACGUUCUUUUGUCAACAAGGCCGGACUGACGUGGACGACGACAUGAUUCAGGAAUGGAUUCUGGCCAAAGAUCGCAAACAACUCGGUGCUGUCGACCUCGAAGACUUUUUAGCUGCGUACGAAGGCACGCACCGCCGGGCCAACCUUGGUUAA